UGAUGUGUCCACUAUUUUAAGAUCAAAUUGUUUUUGUUCGCUAAACACUAAAGGAGGUAUUCUGAAGUUGACAAGUUCAAACGUAAAAUCCAUUCUGUUGACAUUUUUUGAACUUUUGCAAACGUUUAAAAUAAAAAGUUCCUAUGAUGAAACCUAUUAUUUUCCUAAUAUCGUUUUCUAAUUUUAUUGUAUCAUUUGUUGAUGGAGGUAACUGUUUGAAAGCUUCAACAUCAGAAGCCAUAGCUGAGGACAUAUUUGAUGAAGAAGUUAAUAAUACUUUCGUUCCUGUAUUUGCUCCGGUAGAAUAUCAAGAGGACUAUAGGAUGGAGGUUUUAAUCACAAAUACAUUCAUUGAGAAUGCUUUUAGAGCAGGUAGAUUGGAGCAAAUAAUUACUGAACUGGUUGAUGAUAACGUUCAUUUCAAAGAUUUUGUUAUAAUCAAUAGUAUGAUCGCUGCACCGGAUGACAGAGAUCUUCUCCUCUUUGUGGAUUCAGAAGAAACAGUUAUCCCAUCCGAUGACAAUAUGACCAAUUUAAAACAUUACCAGUAUAAUAUGGGCCUUAAAAUAAAAAAUGCAUUGGGACUUGGCGAUCCUGCAAUUGAUGAAACCCAAAGCUUAGCUUUGGAAACCCUUGGACACAAGAGAAGGGAAUGUACUGGACCAGCUAUAAAAAAUACAAUCCAACAUAUAUUAGAUGAACUCGUGUAUAAUCUACCGGAUACUGAUGACUUUUUAAUACGAAUGUGUCGUUUGACAGGGAUAUACUUGAGUGCAACAUUUCCAGAAUCGUUCAUAAACAGGCUUAGAAUUAACUACGAAGAUCGUGAUUGCAUCCUAUAUCAUGGCCCUUGGCAAAACAAAAUAUACAGAAUUCAUAAUGGCGACUGGACGCAAAUAUUGCCAGGCGGCAUAAUGCGUCCACUAUUUUUAAACUAAAAAUUUUCAAAAAUGUUAAACUAUAACUAUUUUAGAAAACUUUAUAAAAAAUUUCCCAAUGGCUUUUGCUAACAAUGCUCUGUAAAACAAAAUAAUAUGUACAUAUUUUCUUGUUUUAUUGAAUGU